AAGGAUAACAGAGCGCAGGAAAAAUCGAUACACGGAUCAUCGAAUUUACUUUGUCAAAAACUGCACAACCAAGUGCUCCUCGUGAAUCCGCGUUGUUUCCGUUGUUUUUGGCCCAUUUCAAAAGCCUAAAAGUCGUCAUCCAGCGAUCUGAUCCCCACGCGUUCGGCAUUUAGAAUUGAACUAAAAUAAAGUGAGGAAAAUGCGUAGAUAAUCGGGAUUACGUGUGCUGUAUUUUUCGUUUUCACGCGCUGCAAAGGCGUUACCCUUUGCAUAGUUCUUAUUGUUUCAUAGAAUGUGUUAGAUUUGCUAUCUGGUUAAACAGAAAGGUCUGGAGACCCCACCUAGAAGGAUGAGGUCGAAUAAACCAUUUCUACUGUCGCUAGCGAUAGCGAUUCAGUGCUGCAUUGGAAUUGUGAACGGAUCGGAAGAUGAGGAACGAUUGGUACGUGACUUGUUCCGCGGGUAUAAUAAGCUCAUACGACCCGUACAAAACAUGACCCAGAAGGUGGAUGUUCGCUUCGGAUUGGCUUUCGUACAGCUGAUCAACGUUAACGAGAAAAAUCAAAUUAUGAAAUCCAACGUGUGGUUGCGAUUGGUUUGGAGUGACUAUCAACUGCAGUGGGACGAAGCCGAUUACGGCGGCAUCGGCGUUCUGCGUCUUCCCCCAGACAAGGUCUGGAAGCCGGAUAUUGUGUUGUUCAAUAACGCCGACGGAAACUACGAGGUGCGAUACAAAUCCAACGUGUUGAUCUAUCCAAACGGGGAGGUGCUCUGGGUUCCGCCCGCUAUCUACCAGAGCUCCUGCACGAUUGAUGUCACCUACUUCCCGUUCGAUCAGCAGACGUGCAUCAUGAAGUUCGGCUCGUGGACAUUCAACGGCGACCAGGUUUCACUAGCGCUGUACAACAAUAAGAAUUUUGUCGAUCUGUCCGAUUACUGGAAGUCAGGAACGUGGGACAUAAUCGAAGUGCCGGCCUAUCUCAACAUAUACGAAGGCAAUCCGACCGAAACGGAUAUCACGUUCUACAUCAUCAUCCGCCGGAAGACACUGUUCUACACCGUCAACUUGAUCCUGCCGACCGUGUUGAUUUCAUUCCUCUGCGUGCUUGUGUUCUACCUACCGGCGGAGGCCGGUGAGAAAGUUACCCUAGGCAUUAGUAUUCUGCUGUCACUGGUUGUGUUCCUGUUGCUGGUAUCGAAGAUUCUGCCACCGACCUCGCUCGUACUACCACUGAUAGCCAAGUAUCUGCUGUUCACCUUCAUCAUGAACACCGUAUCCAUUCUGGUGACCGUGAUCAUCAUCAACUGGAACUUCCGAGGACCGCGCACCCAUCGCAUGCCCAUGUGGAUUCGGUCCGUGUUUCUGCACUACCUGCCAGCGAUGCUGCUGAUGAAGCGCCCCCGGAAAACCCGCCUCCGGUGGAUGAUGGAAAUGCCCGGUAUGAGUAUGCCGCCCCAACCCCACACCCAUCCCUCAUACGGCUCGCCGGCAGAAGUCCCAAAACACAUUAGCGCCCUCGGCGCCAAGCAGUCCAAGAUGGACGUGAUGGAGCUGUCCGAUUUGCAUCACCCGAACUGCAAAAUGAACCGCAAGAUGAACAGCGGCGAUAUGGGAAUGGGGGUGGACUCGUGCCGUCGGGAGAGCGAGAGCUCGGACUCGAUACUACUGUCGCCGGAGGCGAGCAAGGCAACCGAGGCGGUGGAGUUCAUUGCGGAGCACUUGAGGAAUGAAGAUUUGUACAUUCAGACCCGCGAGGACUGGAAGUACGUGGCGAUGGUGAUCGACAGACUGCAGCUGUACAUCUUUUUCAUCGUGACCACUGCCGGUACGGUUGGCAUUCUUAUGGACGCUCCGCAUAUCUUCGAAUACGUCGACCAGGAUCGCAUUAUCGAGAUCUACCGCGGCAAGUAAGGUCGAAUCGCCACGAAACGGAACGCAUCGUUGUUGGAAUGUUUGGUUAACAUUUGCUCAAAAUGUAGAUUUUUUUUAAACGUAAACAUAGAAAGGCAAGAAGUUCGAAGGACAGGUUUUUAAAUGUGAGUGUCGUUGGAAUCGGCAGCGGACUGGUUUGAUGGUUCCCAUUAUCGGCCGUCAGCGAUUCGAGAGUUAGUAGAUAAAUGUUCAUAGCUAAUUUUUCGUUAUCAAGUGAUGAACUUAAAAUAUUACGUUUAUUGAAAUGUUAGGCUAUAACAAUCGAACAGGAAGUAUUAUAUAAAUCUAAUCCAAAAAGAAAAACAAGCUCAUUGUUUUACACUUUACAGUUACCAAUGCCAAAUUUUGUUCUAGAUCUUAAACAAAACUACAUUUUUGGAGCUAACAUUUUGAAGAAUAUUUCAGACAAAGAUAACAUUAAGUUACCUAAAACCAACCAAAUUAAUCCAAAUAAACAUUAACACACUAUGAAAAUAAAUUCAAUCUAACCACUACAAGCAUCACACUAUAUCCUAGCUUUUUCACCGAUGGAAAACAACUCCGUCAUACAUUGACGUCAAAUUACGAUACAGAAGAAAAUAAAAUCUGUAACGAGGAAGAAUACAUUCUUUUGGAAGAAAACAUAUUUUUAAAUAGCAAAAAUUAACGAUCGUGAACGACGGAUUACAACCACACAACACAGUCCCAUACACACACGAAUGUUUGCAUCUAAAUGAUAAAUAUCAACAAUAAUUAGGUCUCUUGUGCGCCCGAGGGAAGAUUUCAGUAAAUUUAAGCAAAAAGGAAGAUACAAUAAUUCAGAAAAUGUUAGUCACACUUAUUGCAACGGAAGAAGCAAAACAUACCCGAAGUAAUGGCGCAAAAUAUGGUUAAAAUGAGGGCAGAAAUCUCAUAGGAAUAAUAGGAAAAGCAACAAACAAGCAAACAACAUAUUGAAGAACUAAUAAACUAACCGAAUUGUAAACGAUUUUUUGCACAAAAUGCUAAGAGUUAAUGAUAAGGAACUAACAAGAAAGAAAGAAAAAACAUUGACAUUAAAACUAAACGUUGUACUAGUAAGCAUUUUUAAGAAAGAAAAAAGGGUAUCAUAAUAAACCUACACAAUAGUUCGUAUU